AUGCUCCUCCGGCGACCACUUCAGACGCUCACCCUCCCCCUCAUCCGCCGGCACCUCUCCGCCUCCGCCGCAGCGGUUUCCGCCCCAGAUCACAACAUCGACGAACUCCUGUCGCCGCCGUUCGACUACCUCCCUGGUCACCCGCGGCCGGACGCGAAGCACGACGAGGUGAUCUUCGCCGUCCCGAGGGACUCCUCUGGCCGGCACUUCGCCGCCAAGGAACGCAAGGCUGGGCGUGUGCCGGCCAUCGUCUUCGAGCAGGAGAAUGGCCAGGAGGGCGGCAACAAGCGCCUCGUCUCGGUGCCGUCCAAGCAGAUCCGCAAGCUCGUCGACCACCUCGGACGGUCCUUCUUCCUCUCCCGCCUCUUCCGUCUCCAGGUUUGGUCCGAGCAGGCCGGGCAGGGGGACCUCAUCGAGAGCGUCCGCGUCCUGCCGCGCAAGGUGCACUUGCACGCAGGCACUGAUGAACCUCUGAAUGUGACAUUCAUGAGAGCACCUUCUUCGGCACUGCUCAAAAUAGAUGUUCCUUUAAUGUACAUUGGGGAGGACGCCUCACCUGGCCUCAGGAAAGGAGCUUACUUCAACACCAUAAAACGAACUGUCAAGUUUCUCUGCCCUGCUGACAUAGUCCCGCCAUACAUUGAAGUGGACCUAAGCGAGUUGGACGUCGGGCAGAAACUGCUGAUGCGCGAUCUGAUAGUCCACCCGGCGCUGAAAUUGCUUCAGUCGCCAGAUCAACCCAUCUGUAGCAUUAUAGGGUCAAGAGCCCCCGAUCAGAAGAAAGAGAAAGAGAAAUCAAAAUAA